CAAUAAUGCUAUGACUGUAUCGCAUCAUAUGAAUAACGUAUUGAAGAUAUCCAUUCAUUUGAUUCAUAAAUUGAUACCAAAUUAGUGGUAAUCAACGGAUCCUAUCGAUGGCACUGACAAAGAUCGACAACUGGGACGAGAGUCUGGGCAUCACUAACACGACUCCCACGCAAGACACUAAAGAGGAGGACAAACACCUGUCCGCUAAGAUCGAAACCAUCUCUCUGUCGACCGAGUCUUCGCAAUCGACCGAAACAAAUGGCGCCACAAAUCAGACACGCGAUGAGGAUGGUUCACUGUUUGGAUCAAAUGAACCGAUGAUUAUCGAAACCAUCUCUCUGUCGACCGAGUCUUCGCAAUCGACCGAAACAAAUGGCGCCACAAAUCAGACACGCGAUGAGGAUGUGUCUUCGGCCGACUUGUCGUAUAUGCGGAAAGUGUUGCGAAACAAAUUGCUUCACACGAAGAACAACGUGGAAGUGACUCGAAGUCUACCAAACAGUCCCUUAUAUUCCGCCAAAACCUUCGAAGAGCUGCGACUACCCGACGAGCUAUUGAAAGGUCUCUACGAAAUGGGUUUCUCGGCGCCGUCCAAAAUCCAGGAGACGGCACUUCCCCUACUUCUGGCCACACCACCCAUCAAUCUGAUCGCACAGUCCCAGUCGGGCACCGGUAAGACUGCGGCCUUUGUGUUGGCGAGUCUGUGUCGGGUGGAGGCCAACGAAUUCAACCCUCAAGUCAUCAUUUUGUCGCCAACUUAUGAACUCGCGAUACAAACGGGAGAAGUGGCCAAACAGAUGGCUAAACACAUCCCACGGAUUAGCUUCCGGUUCGCUGUCAGAGGAGAGAACAUACAAAGAGGCGAACAGAUAUCAGAACACGUGAUAAUCGGAACGCCAGGAAAACUGAUGGAUUGGAUCCACAAAUUCAAAGCGUUUGACGCGAGAAAGAUUAAAGUGUUUGUGUUGGACGAGGCGGACGUCAUGAUCGACACUCAGGGACACCGGCAACAGUCGAUUCGCAUCCAAAAGGCAUUACCCAUGGAUUGCCAAAUGAUGUUAUUCUCAGCCACUUAUGACAAGAAUGUGAUGGAAUUCGCGGAAAUGAUUAUAAGAGAUCCGGUGAUCAUUCGACUCAAACGGGAAGAGGAGAGCUUAGAAAACAUAAACCAAUUCUAUGUGUAUUGUCAUAACGAGGACGACAAGUACAAGGCUUUGGCCAACAUUUUUGGCACCAUUUCCAUGGGUCAGGCGUUCAUCUUCUGCCACACGAAGGCAUCGGCCGCUCGUUUGGCGCAAACACUCCGAAAAGACGGCCAUUCGGUUGGGUUAAUAUCGGGUGACCUAUCAGUAGAAGAGCGGACAAUGGCUUUGCAGCGGUUCCGCGAGGGACAGGAACGGGUGCUGAUCGCCACUAACGUGAUGGCGAGGGGCAUAGACGUGGAACAGGUGACAGUUGUGGUGAACUAUGAUCUGCCCAUUAAUGUGGAGACCAGAGAAGUAGACAAAGAGACGUAUUUGCAUCGAAUCGGCCGAACCGGGCGUUUCGGCAAAGAGGGUCUGGCG